AAUUUCACACUUCUCCCACAGAGUCGUGUUUUUUCUCCAUUCUGCCUGCAGCUCCUCGCCGGUGUGUGGUAACCUUACACGUUUCUCUUUUUUGAUUUUUCAAUCAAACAACGCUUAGGAAAUGAGUGGGGACCAUUCCCACAACGAGAAUCAGAUCGACUGUGGCUCUCGGGUCAAUGACUCUCACAAGCAUAAAGACAAAUAUAAAGAGAAAGAACACAAACAUAAGGACCACAAGAAGGAUAAGGAGCGUGAAAAAUUAAAGCAUGGCAACAGUGACUACAAGGACUUGUCUGACAAAAAACACAAAGAGAAGGAAAAGAUAAAGCACAAAGAUGGCAGCACAGACAAAUACAAGGACAAGCACAAGGAGAAAAGAAAAGAGGAAAAGACAAAGUCACUUGAUGGUAAAGUCAAAAAGGACAAAGAGAAUGGCUUUGCCAGUCCUCCACAUUUCAAGCCUGAGCCUGAGGAUAAUUUUUACCACUCACCUAAAUACGAGAAAUCUCUAAAAAGGGAACGUGAUGAUGAUCACGACUCCGAAAUUAAGCCUAAAAAAAUAAAAACUGAAAAUGACAAGAAGGCAAAGAAAAGGAAACAAGAUGAGGACACAAAGUCUAAAAAAACAAAAAUUAAAAAAGAACCUAAUGAUGGAAAAAAGAAAGCAAAGAAGGAGCCAGAAGAGAAGUGGAAAUGGUGGGAAGAGGAGCGAUACACUGAUGGUUCCAAAUGGAGGUUUCUGGAACACAAAGGUCCUGUAUUUGCGCCACCAUAUGAGCCUCUUCCCAGCCACGUCAAAUUUUACUAUGAUGGUAAACCAAUGAAACUCAGCCCUGGAGCUGAAGAGGUGGCAACAUUCUUUGCUAAAAUGUUGGACCAUGAAUACACCUCAAAAGACAUAUUCCGCAAGAACUUCUUCAAAGAUUGGAGGAAGGAAAUGACUUCAGAAGAGAAGUCGAUACUUACUGACCUAAAGAAGUGUAACUUCUCUGAGAUGAGUGAAUACUUCAAGGCACAGUCUGAGGCAAGAAAAGCCAUGACAAAAGAGGGGAAACAAAAAAUAAAAGAGGAGAAUGAGCGCAUCUUGCAGGAGUAUGGCUUCUGCAUUAUGGAUAACCACCGGGAACGUAUUGCUAACUUCCGCAUUGAGCCCCCAGGCCUGUUCCGUGGUCGUGGAGACCACCCCAAGAUGGGCAUGCUCAAACGUCGCAUCAGGCCUGAAGACAUCAUUAUUAACUGCAGCAAGGAUUCCAAGCACCCUGAACCACCUCCAGGCACCAAGUGGAAGGAGGUGCGUCAUGACAAUAAAGUGACUUGGCUGGUCUCGUGGACGGAGAAUAUUCAAGGCUCCAUCAAGUACAUCAUGCUGAACCCCAGCUCCAGAAUCAAGGGAGAGAAGGAUUGGCAGAAGUAUGAAACUGCUCGUAGGCUGAAGAAAUGUGUGGAUCAUAUUAGGAACCAGUACCGUGAAGACUGGAAGUCCAAAGAGAUGAGAAUUAGACAGCGGGCUGUGGCGCUCUACUUCAUCGACAAGCUGGCGCUGAGAGCGGGUAAUGAGAAGGAAGAAGGUGAGACCGCAGACACAGUGGGUUGCUGCUCGUUGAGAGUCGAACAUAUCAAACUGUAUCCAGAGAGUGAAGGUCAGGAGUUUGUCGUAGAGUUUGACUUUCUGGGUAAAGACUCCAUUCGCUACUACAACAAGGUCCCUGUGGAAAAAAGGGUAUUUAAGAAUCUCCAGUUAUUUAUGGAGAACAAGGAACCAGAUGAUGACCUGUUUGAUCGCCUGAAUACUUCUAUUCUUAACAAGCACCUUCAGGAGCUGAUGGACGGUCUGACAGCCAAAGUUUUCCGUACUUACAACGCCUCGAUCACCCUGCAGCAGCAGUUAAAGGAGCUCACGAAUACGGAGGAAAACAUUCCAGCCAAGAUCUUGUCAUACAACAGGGCUAACAGGGCUGUGGCUAUCCUGUGUAACCAUCAGAGAGCUCCACCGAAGACAUUUGAGAAGUCAAUGCAGAACUUGCAGGCUAAGAUUGAUGCUAAAAGGGACCAGCUAUCUGAGGCUAAGAGAGAAUUGAAGAGCGCCAAGGCUGAUGCCAAAAUACGGAAAGACGAAAAAUCCAAAAAGGCUGUGGAGACCAAGAAGAAAGCAGUUCAAAGGGUAGAAGAGCAACUGAUGAAGCUGGAAGUGCAGGCGACUGAUCGUGAAGAGAACAAGCAGAUUGCCCUUGGCACUUCCAAGCUCAACUAUCUGGAUCCUCGCAUCAGUGUCGCUUGGUGUAAGAAAUGGGGCAUUCCCGUUGAGAAGAUCUACAAUAAAACCCAGCGUGAGAAAUUUGCCUGGGCCAUUGACAUGGCAGAUGAAGACUUUGAAUUUUAGAUCCAAGUUUGUGGUUUUAACUAUGAUACACAUUUUUAAAUUGGAUACUUGUUUUUUUUUUUUUUUUUUUUUUUUAGCUUAACUGAAUUUUGCUCGAUGGCCAGACCUGACAAGGAAUUUCAGAAAGUUUUAACAGGGAAAAACAGACGAGGUCCGGCUUUUAUGAAAUGGCAGGAGGGUGUGUAGUGGGUAUUCCAAACAUCUGGUCUGAGAUCAGGUAUGAAGGCUGAACUUGCAUCAAGACAGUCUAUUAUUGGAAGACCCCCUUCACCAUUGCCUCACUCCCAAUGCCUAAACUUUGAACUCUGUGGUCCUAUAGCUACUGUAUUCAGCAAAAACCUAAAUGCUUUGUAUCAUUUUAUUCUUUGUUCACUUGCUCUGUAUUUUAGCCCUCCCAUGUAUUAUUAACGAAUUCUAUAUUUUGAUAGAUAAAUUUAAAUCAAAUGAAUUCCUUAACUUACACCCACACGCCUUUUGCAGAAAUGAAUACACAAGCUUGACUGCUGAGGUGAAAUUGUGUGCAUGCAUGUGUGAGUGAGGGGCUUGGCCAUGGAAGAUGUCUGUUUGGAUGAAUAUUUUAAACUGGACUAUGUUGAACUGGGUAUGAAAGGGGAUGUCUGGGCAGGCAAAGGGUGAUGAAUACUGCAACCAUGUCAAUAUUUACUUAAGCAAGCAGAAUGUGAAUAUAUUAUUUUACAGCCUCUAUCAGGGACUUUUUUUUCCUCAGUGUAAAUGUGAACCAAUCAUUUAUACCCUUUGAGUUGCAAACAUCUUCGCUGUAUAGCCCUGUCUACACCUAAUUUUAACUUAAUUGUUCCAAGAAAGAAAAAUCCACAUCUGUUACUUGAAGACAAUACAAUCAUGUCUAAAAUCAGUAAGGAAAAUGUUUUUCUUCCAUUAAAGGUAUGUGAGGGAAUUUGCCAAAAAAAAAAUCAAUCUGUUACAAUUUAGGCAGUUUUAUAAAUUUAUGUUAAGAUUGAGGAUAAGGUAAUGUAACAUUUAAUGUGAAUUAUCAGUUCAUCUUAUUCCACUCUGUUCCCCACUCUUUGUAUUGGAGCGUUGAUGUAAGCAGCUGUAACGUCAGCGUCCCUUCUCCUUUUUUGUCAUAAUCUUUUAUCAUGUUUUGAGUUUUAUGCUCAUUGUAGGUUGAAAAAUGAAUAAAACCCUACAAGUAAA